GAGCCGCGCUUCAAAGCCGUCUGCCUGCGGGGCGGGACGGAGCCGCCGCGCAGCGGCAAAUACGACAGUAAACGCACCGGCGACGGCGCGUUCCGCUGCGCGUGCUGCGGCGCGCCGCUCUUCGGCUCGGCGGCCAAGUUCGAGUCGGGCACGGGCUGGCCGUCGUUCCACAGCCCCUACGACGCGAGCGCCAUCACCUACGCGAAGGACGCCUUAAUUCACACGGAAGUGCGCUGCUCGCGCUGCGACGCGCAUCUCGGCCACGUCUUCGGCGACGGUCCGAAGCCGACGGGGUUGCGCUACUGCAUCAACAGCGCGUGCCUGGCGCUC